AUGCGGGAGGAAGAAUUCCAUGCGAUGGUUAGGAAAAUAAAUCGUGGAGCAACGACAUUAGAUGAGUCAACGAUAACUGGUGAAUCAAUUCCCGUAUCAAAAGGAGUUGGCGAUAUCGUAAUAAGCGCAACAGUAAAUCAAACAUCAACAAUCUGGGUAAAAGCGACAAGAGUUGGCACAGAUACAACAAUAUCACGUAUAAUAAAUCUCGUUCAAGAAGCACAAUCAAGUAAAAAAACACCGAUCGAAGAAUUCUCCGAUAAAAUAUCUCACAUAUUUGUCCCAGUUAUAGCAUUUUUUGUGUUUAUAGUAUGGGUUGGAUGUGGUGGAACUGGUAGAAUCCCGAGUGAUUGGUUGGGCAAAAAUCAAAAUUAUGUGAUGUUUUCAUUAUUUUUUGCUAUUUCUGCGAUGGUAGUAGCAUCUCAUUGUGCGAUGGGUCUUGUUUCACUAACUGCGAUCAUGGUAGGCACAGGAAUAGCAGCAAAACUCGGAAUAUUGAUAAAAGGAGGAGAAGUAAUUGAACUAGCAAAUAAGGUGGAUGUGAUUGCAUUGGCUAAAACGGGAACUUUGACUUUUGGUAAACCAAAAGUUAUCGACGCGAAUUUUAUUGAUGAUCCUAAAGAACCAUUGGAAAAUGCACGACAACGUGAACAAGUAUUAAUGCGGAUUAUCAGUUUAGUUGAAUCGUCAAGUGAUCAUCCAUUAGCAAAAGCUGUUUCUCAAUAUAUCGAGGAUAGAAACACCAUUGAUCUUGAAACAGCCACGCCCGUUCCCGACUUACCAUCGAGCAACGUGACACUAGAGACUGUUACAGAAGUACCCGGUAAAGGACUCGAAGCAAGAGUAAAAGUUGAUCUCGCAUCCCCGAAUUCUGGUUCGGAUUCAGACCACGGCACAACUUCAUUAUAUUAUAAUGUGUUCAUUGGGAAUGAAAUAUGGUUAAGUGAAAAUACUUGCAUUUAUCCGUCUCCUGAAAUAGAUCAAGAAGCGAAAAAAACGCUGCGGAAUUGGAAGUCAAGCGGUUCUUCGAUCAUGUUGGUUGGAUUGAGAAAGCCAUCAGAGAAGAUAAGUGGAUCGAUACUGGCUCAGUUUGCUGUGACGGAUACACUGAGACCAGAUGCAAAGAAAACUGUUGCAGCAUUGAAAUCACGGGGAAUUGAUAUUUGGAUGAUUACUGGUGAUAAUCCGAUCACUGCAAAGGCAAUUGCAGUACAAGUUGGCAUUGAGAAUGUGUUGGCAGAAGUAUCACCAGAAAUGAAAGCGGAAAAAGUUAAGUGGCUACAAAGGCGCGGUGCCAACAUCUCCAGACUACAAUUCUGGAAACAACAACGACGACGACGUGCUAUUGUCGCAAUGAUCGGUGACGAUUCAUCUGCACUAACACAAUCAGAUUUACCGAUUUCAAUAGCAAGUGUCACCAAUGUUUCUAUUGAAUCAUCAUCAAUUAUCCUUACAAAGCUAACUCUCUCAUCACUUGUUACUCUAAUCGCAUUGUCAAAUUCCAUAAUACGUCGUAUUCGAUUGAAUUUCUUGUGGGCUUAUCUUUAUAAUACAUUGGCUAUAGCGGUCGGUGUUUUUUUCCCAAUUUUUCAUUUCGCUUUAAGACCUGAAAUUGCAGGACUAGCGAUAGCUGCGAGUUCCACAAGUGUUGUUUUGAGCAGUUUAUGGUUGAAGCACUUUAAAGAACCUUUAGUGCCCGAAAUUAGUCCCCAAGGUUGGGCAAUAUCAAAUAUCCAGUCAUUUUAA